AUGUCCGACGAACAACUUAUCCUCCCCAUCAUCGACUCUCAUAUCCACCUCUACCCAGGCUCCGAAACCGACUCCCUCUCCUGGUACACCCCCGACAACCCUCUCGCUGGCCAACACUCUCUGGAAGAAUACCGCGAAGCUACUUCUUCAGCCCCCUCCCUUCUCGGCUUCGUCUUUGUCGAGACCGACCGCAAGAAUGAUAUCGAAACCGGCGCCGCAGAUGGGUCUGGCUGGGAACAGCCCCUAGCUGAGGUCUCUUGGCUCAAGCGUAUUGCGCUUGGUCAACCGCGCGAAGGUGAGGGACACACACCCGAGGAUGCAAAGCUGUGUCUGGGCAUCGUGCCCUGGGCGCCACUACCCAGCGGUCCUGAGGUUUUGGAGCGCUACCUCGAUCGCGUGAAGGAGGAGGCAGGUGAGGCUUGGCCCAAGAUCAAGGGUUUCCGCUAUCUACUACAAGACAAGCCUCACGGCACCAUGUUGGAGGAGAAGUUCAUCGAGGGUGUCAAGCUCUUGGGUCGUCGUGGUUUCAGCUUUGACGUUGGUAUCGAUCAGCACCGACGUGGAAAGAAGCAGCUCGACGAGGUAAUUGAGUUUGUCGACCGUGUUCAUGACGGCGUUCCUGAGGAGGAGAAGGUUACUUUGGUGCUAAACCAUCUCUGCAAACCCGAUUUCAGCAUCUACAACCUGACCUCAGACGCAUCCUUCCACGCCUGGCGCACGGCCGUUUACACCCUCAGCAAAGACUCCCACGUUUACAUGAAGCUCUCUGGCGGUUUCUCCGAGAUGCCCGAUUCCCUGCGAAGCCAGGACCCCAACCAUAUCUUCGAGGCGACCCUGGGCUGGCUCGGCGUCGUCCUCGCUACCUUUGGCCCCAGCCGUAUCAUGUUUGGUAGCGACUGGCCUGUCUGCACCGUCAACAACGACAACGCCUGGCCUAGAUGGCGCAGCGUUGUUGACCGCAUGUGUUGGAUGGCCACGCUAGGUGACGAGGAGCGUGCCAUGAUCUUUGGCGGAACGGCCAAGAAGGCUUACAAUCUUUAA